GCUCCCCAUGUAAAUACUCACCUCUCCCCGUCUGUACUGGCGGCUGGCGCGAGUGCGUGUGGCGAGUGACCGGUGACUUGGACAGCAGCCGGCGCGCGGCGGACGGCGCACCGGCCGCGCUCGUCGCAGACAGGCCGCCCGACCAAUUGUUGCACGGUCAGAUGCGGUCCGGCUAUUAACAGGUGGUUGCAGCCGGAGUCGGCAGAGCGACGCCCCGCCAUGGUGAAGAGCCGGUGCCCGGGCCGCGGCCUGGCCGACGCCGAGGCCCACGACAGCGAGCACGACUACCUGCGCGGCCUGCUGAUGCCGGAGCCGGCGGCCGACUCGUGCACCGAGGUGUGCGGCCACGAUGGCGGCAUCCCGAUAGUGCGUGUGCGCAGCGCCGAGGAGACGGAGGCGGCGCACGACCUGCUCCAGCUGGCCAUGUCGGCGCCGGCGCCGGCGCACAGUCCCCGCCGCGAGCAGACGUACGUCAUCUACACCGGCGCGCCCGCCUUCUCCGACUACGGGUGCGGCGGCGAACCGGACUCUCGCGGCGAGGAGGACUCCGCCAGCAGCAGCGGCGACAGUGUGGGCGUCGGAGGCGGCGGCGGCGGUGGCGGCGGCGGGGCGGGCCGCUCGCGCCGGCCGCCCAGGCACACCUGCUGCGAAUGCGGCAAGACGUACGCCACGUCGUCCAACCUGUCGCGGCACAAGCAGACGCACCGCAGCAUCGACUCGCAGGGCGCCAAGAAGUGCCCCACCUGCGGCAAGGCGUACGUCAGCAUGCCGGCGCUGGCGAUGCACGUGUUGACGCACCAGCUGUCGCACAAGUGCCAUGUCUGCGGCAAGACGUUCUCCCGGCCGUGGCUGCUGCAGGGCCACCUGCGCUCGCACACGGGCGAGAAGCCGUACGGCUGCGCGCACUGCGGCAAGUCCUUCGCCGACCGCUCCAACCUCAGGGCUCACGUCCAAACACACUCGUCCAUGAAGACCUUCGUCUGUCGUCAUUGCAAUAAGUCGUUCGCGCUUAAGUCCUACCUAAACAAGCACUGCGAGUCCUCGUGCACUCGCCGGUAAGCGGUCGCCUGCCGGGCCACCAGGCUCAAACUGCGCUGACGGUGGCGUUAUCGCAUCCGCACCUUUGCUCCAUCAACGACUCCGCGGGGAGCGAGAGAGUCGCGCGGCAAACAACACUCCUGCGAGAGCCAUCGCUCCGAACUGCCGGCGGACCCGAGGGAGGGGACAUCACAGCGUCAGUUCUUGGAUGCCCGGCUCUUGACCACUUUCGGAACCCCGUGCGCGUGGAGCCAAUACUCAAGCCGAGUCCAGGCACCAAAGCAUCAAGUACUUAGUCUCCUAGGCUAGUGCUGAAGAUGUAGGUUUGCCUUAGCACUGUCCGCGCUUUACUCUGGUCUCAAGUGAGUCGGAGCUUGCUUUUCUAGAUUCAAAGUAUUUUUCAUAUCUGCAACAUUUUUAGAGUGUUCAAAUAGCAAGUAAGCAAUGCCCAGCUAUAUCUUUGUCCGUGUGUUUCCUUUGGGAAAUCUUAUCAGCUGACAGAACGUUAUCGAAGUCUAGUCACUACGAACGCGCAAUACUUAGCGCAAGCAUUGCACGUCCGCGAGGCCCGCUAGAAGGUUCGGACCCGUUAGUUCCUGGUCGAGGCAAAACGGAUGCUAUAAUAGUCAGCAAUAAUCAAUGUGGAAUCAACAGUGCGACUAGCUCAAUUGAUGUAUAGAUAUAGGUAUUUUUAUAUGGCAAGUUUUGUUCGGUGUAUUUUGAUGCUUUAUCAAUACUCGAAAUUGAUGUAAUAUGUGUCCUUAUGAGUACCAUAAGUUGUUAUAGGCGGUUCAUGUCAUGCAUGCUACAUGCUACAUGUGGUUUUCUAGAAACGAUUGUCGUAAAAUUGGUCGAUUAAGAGCGGAACUGUGUUCUUCCUUUUGAAUUUCAGCGUGGUCCAUAUGAACUUGACGACAUUCUAGGCACGCUGUUCAAACUAUCUACAUUAUGUGAUAGCUACCAAAGGCUUCUGAGCUCUGCUUAGCACCAGCGAUAACAUUUGCAUAGGUUAAAGGGGUUUCAGAUAAAAUAAGGAAUCAUUGUUUGCUGUCACUAAAAUUUCAAAGUAGAGCAAUGCAUCAUGUUGAAUCAACCACAGAUGCACGGGUGGUGCUCUCAAUGAUACGCCAUUAUGAAUGGGAAUGGCCCUUUUAUUUAUUAAUUGCCGGUUAAGUAAUGUCAACUUUGAUGACACCACGUCAUUGAUGACGAAUGGGUCUAGAAAGUAGAAAACUGUACAAACUCGGCCCAAAUAAGCUCGGUUAUCUAUAGCUGGUUGUAUUCUGCGAGGUUAAGGCAAUGCAUUUGCACGUGCAACCAGUUGUUGAAAUUUUUGUCUGGCUGACCCCGUCGAGGCGCAUGAGAGCCAAGUCCAUGAUUGUACAUAACUCACCAGUUUCGAACACACGUCUAGCACUCAUGAGAUGCCGACUAAAGAUUGAUAAGAUUUCCAGCAUAUAGCUUAAGAAAUGAAUACAAAAAUCUUGCAAAAAUUUAAGGGCUUUUUAUCUAAAAUUCAUCAUUGUAUGUACCGUGAACAUUAUCGACCUGACAUAGCGCUGAAUGUUCUCAUUUCUCUGCGUCCAUAAACAUGCAUCACGAGCAACGAAAUGCGGUGGUCAGAAGAUAGCAAUGAAACAAAUCAUCUAGUUUUGCAAACGUCCAUUAUCAUCGUGCGGUUUUAAGGUAUGCACGUUUUACUUUGCCGGCCGUACGGACAAGCGUUUUCUUUUGGCCAGGCUGAUGAGUGCUCUGACAUGCAUCUUUGACUUUUAUGUGAUGAUGUAAUAGGUAUGCGCUAACACAAGCUCUAAAUCACGUUACCUUGCUUUCCUGAACGUUCAUACGAAACGACCAUUACUGUCCCAGGGGAUUUCAUAUAUCGCUUUCAUUGUGUGUACCGUGUAGGUAAAGUACACUACAUUCCGUGCCGGUUUUUGCUGUGUAUAUGAAUGAUCGAAAAACAAGCUGCCCUUUCUGCUUAAGGCGUUAUCGUUGCUGAUCUCUAAGAUGCAUGUUGUCUUUGCGUCUGUAUUUGUGUGAAAAUUAGUUAUAAAACUUAACAAGCCUUUAUGGAAGUUGUCUCGUAAAAAUAUUUGCCGGGGCAUUCACACGACAUUUCUGGCCAUCUGGAAUCAACCCAUUGUUGAUUUAUAUCGAAUGAGUCAUAUCGAGUCACGCGUGUUCAUUAACUUCAUGCUUGGCAUUGAGUCCGUUCUCAGUGGCAGGACGUGACACUGUGUUAGUGUUUAAUAUCGAAAGCUUUCUUUGGAGUAAUCUCCUAGCUGUCCUUUUUCGCCGUGCCAUGUUUUGCUGUCUUUUCUGCGUGCAAAUGCAAGUCCAUCUUUUGCCUGGUAUGCUUUAUUUCCAAAUCAAUGAUGCAUAAAUGACUAACUAAUGCAUCGGUAAGUAUACAUGUGUCUCAGAGAAUAACAGAUUAUACUACUGACUGAAUUCCAACAGCAUACUUGCAAGUAUCACCUGACGGACAAUUAUAACAGCAGUUCGGACUUAAAAGAUUAUGGCUAACACCUUCAGUCAUAGACAUCAGUUCCAAUUAGUUUUUUGUCUAAUCAUUAUUGCUUGCAAGGUAUAUAUUGCUACUUUUUAUCUGCUGUUGAAAAGUUACGCUAUUCUAAAAAUACUGCUUGCACUGGUUCAGUACUGCCCCAUUAUAACUUGGGGCUUCGUGUGUCGUAACCAACCUCUAUUCACUAAAAGCGGGUUCUAAUUUUACACCGCAACUUAUUCGCUCAUGUUUUAAGCAUAGUAAAGAGGAUGUGUCUCUGGUCCAAGUGUGCAUCCUACGCUGUGUUUUCUGAGUACUGCGAACGAUGCAUUUGUUCUGAAUUGGGCAAACGUAUAUGAUUCGCAUAGGAUACCGUGAUUUCUUAAGAAACUGACUGACACCGGCGGGUUAAGUGCGGUUGAUGCCUUAGAAAAUGCUACGUCUUUUUCGAUAGUCCAUUGCAAAUUCUAAUGGUCUCUGCCCAUUGCACUGUUCCAUCUUUGUGUGAGACUGUACGUCACGACGUCACGUUUCAUGAAUGCGUUACUGGCGUGGCGCACAUUCUAGUUUUGACAUCCUGAAGUUGUUUGCGUCUCUUCGUAUUCCGUGUGCCAUCGAAAUGAGAACUGAGGUGAUACAAUGUGCAUUCUAUGCGUUUGAUUAACCGUAUAAUGGGAGCAGACUUCAUUGGGCAAAGCUACACCCAUCUGACAAGCGUGCCGUGUUUUCUUUGGUGACGUGACUUCGUGUUGGAAUAUGUCUCUCACAA